AAUGGGUACAAGAGAAAGACGUUCAGGAUUAUUUGGACAUGCAAAAUAUUCAGACACAAUUAUUCGAAAUAUUCCAGAAUCUGUUCGGAAAGCUGUAAGGGAAGAUAUUGCUGCAAUUGUUGAUCCUUUAUUGGCAAAUACUAGAGCUAUUCCUGGACGAAAACGUUCUCACCGCGAUUUGACUAAUGGGGAGAAGGCGCAGCCUCAUCAAAAUGAGGCUCAAAACUAUCAAAAGUUGAGAGAAGAUAUCGUUGCGGUGAUAGAUCCGAUGAUGGCAAAUAAUACUCUUUCAACUCCUACAAUGAAAAGGCCGCACUUGGAGAAUGGAAAUAAUUUCAAUCAACAACAAAAUCACAACUUUGCCACCGCUAAAAAUUUGAAUCUCAAAAAAAUUGCCGCAAAAAUUCAAGAUUCUCAUCCUACAAUAACUCUUCGUUCAGAUGAGCCUAGAACACUUUCUGAUGCAACUUUUUCUCUUGUUAAGAAUGCGCUGUCGAGUCCAUUUCGUACACUUUCUGAUCAAACAAUGCAUUUGGGAGAGACAAAAAAUGAGGACAAGGACAAAACUUUGCAAGAUAGUUUUCAAUAUUUGGAGGAAUCGCCGACAGCAGAUAUGGAGGUUUUCUUUGGAUUAUUAGGAGGGUAUUGAAAUGUCAAAACAUUGAAAUGCCAAACCCCUUAAGGCUUGGGAAUAUAAACCUGUCGAAAUGACACUGAAAUGCCAAACUUCCCCAAAAAGCUGCCGAAAAUGCCAACAUUUUGCUUCAAAAACGACGAGCAGAGCUUAUAAGUCGUACCAAA